GACCACUUUCAGAUCUUGAGAGCCAUUGGAAAAGGCAGUUUUGGAAAAGUAUGCAUUGUCCAGAAAAAGGACACAAAGAAAAUGUACGCCAUGAAGUAUAUGAACAAACUCAAGUGUGUGGAGCGCAAUGAAGUGCGCAAUGUCUUCAAAGAGCUCCAGAUCAUGCAGAACCUGGAGCACCCGUUCCUGGUCAAUUUCUGGUACUCGUUUCAAGAUGAGGAGGACAUGUUCAUGGUAGUUGACCUGCUGCUGGGAGGAGAUCUGCGUUAUCAUCUACAGCAGAACGUGCACUUUACAGAGAGCACAGUCAAGCACUACGUGUGUGAAAUCGCCCUCGCUCUGCACUACCUGCGCAACAAACGCAUCAUCCACAGAGACAUUAAGCCAGACAACAUUUUGCUGGACGAGCACGGUCACGCUCACCUGACAGAUUUUAACAUCGCUGCUAUUGUGAAGGAGGACUUAAAAGCCACAUCUAUUGCAGGGACAAAACCAUACAUGGCCCCAGAACUAUUCCAGUCGUUCGAGGGAACACGCCCGGGUUACUCUUUCGCAGUGGACUGGUGGUCUUUAGGGAUCACUGCGUAUGAGCUUCUCCGUGGACAGAGGCCGUACAUCAUGCGCGCCAACACACCAGCCAAUGAGAUCCUGCAGACUUUCCACAAAGCGCACCCCUGUUACACCGCCGCCUGGUCUACAGGGAUCAAAUCACUCUUACCAAAGCUGUUGUGUGUAGACGCUCAGAAGAGGAUUUCCAGUCUCUCGGAGCUCCAGGACCUGGAAUACCUCUCUGAUGUCAAUUGGGAUGCUGUGCUUAACAAACAAAUCCCACCUGGAUUCCUCCCUGAUAGGCGGCGACUAAACUGCGACCCCACAUUUGAGCUGGAGGAGAUGAUCCUGGAAUCCAAACCACUGCACAAGAAGAAGAAGAGGCUGGCGAGGAAGACGAGGGAGAGCGGCUCUGAUGGAUCUCCUCAGAAUGGACAACUCCAGCAGCGCUUAGAGACUGUCCAAAGAGAUUUCAUCGUCUUCAACAGGGAGAAGUUGGGGAAAACCAAAGCAGACACUGAGACAAACAAUCUCAAUGCAGAAGAGACGAACAAAGCCAUUCAAGAUGGACAGAACAACAACGUAGAGCAGUGUUUAUCAGGCUAA